AUGUUCCAUGCUUACAUUAUGCAUCACAAGCACACUCAAGCUCUUUCUCUUUACAAUAAUAUGCUCUCCUCGAAAGCCAAACCAGAUGAGUUUACGUUCUCUACCAUCCUCAAGUCUUGCCCGUUUCUUAAUGGCAUUGGUUCGCAGAUCCAUGGUCAUUCCAUCGUGACUGGGCGUGCCAUCCAUGCGUUCGUGGAGACUGCUCUGAUUGACAUGUAUGCAAAUAUUGGAGACACUGACCAAGCUCUCCUAGUGUUUGAUAGAAGUGCAAAGAGAGAUGUGGUGACUUGGAAUUCAAUUAUCAGCGGGCUCACGUUGAACAAAAAUGGCCGAACCAGUUUGAGCAUUGUUUCUCAGAUGGCAAAGCAAGCAAGAGUAAGACCCAAUCGCAUCACUCUUAUCAAUGCCUUAUCAGCUUGUGGUCAACUUCGAGCUUCUCGUAAUGGGAAAGAAGCUCACGCUUAUGCUCUCAGGCAAGGGCUAGGUUCCGGCUCAAUUAUGGUAGCCAAUUCUAUCAUGGACAUGUAUUGCAAGUGCAGGUGCUUAAGCUUCGCAAAACGGGUGUUUUGUUCCAUGUCUAAAAGUGACUGUGCUUCUUGGAAUGUGAUGAUCUCAGGUUCAUACAACAAUGGGCACGAAAUAGAGGCCAUGAUGCUCUUUAGAGAGAUGCAAUUGAGAGGCAUGGGACUCUCGCUUGUCACACUUCUGAUUGUUAUCCCUGUGUGUGCGACGCUCAGAGCCUUGCAAGAAGGAAAAGAGAUUCAUUGCUUCCUUGUGAAAAAUUGGUUAUGGUCCGAUGUCCGAGUCAAAACUGCCCUUGUUGACAUGUAUGCCAAGUGUAGCUUUGUCAAUUACUCGAGAAAAGUGUUUGGAUGCUUGAAACGAAAGGAUGCAAUAUCCUGGAAUGCCAUGAUCACGGGGUAUGCUUUGAACUCACUCUGGACUGAUGUUCUUGAACUUUCAUGGCAGGCCCAACAAACUUGCUUGAAGCCUGAUUCAGUAAUAGUUAACUGUUUACUAACAGCCUCUACAAGUUUAAGGGUCCUGCACUAUGGAAAAUCAAUCCACGCAUACAUGAUUAGAAACGAUAUCGAGAGAGAGAGUUAUCUUUUACACACCCUUGUUGUAUUCUAUGCAAAAUGUGGGAGAAUAGUGGAGGCAUGUGCAACUCUCCUCAUACAUGCGCAAACAGAUGCCAUCCCAUGGAAUGCCAUGUUUGACAUCUAUAACGAGAGUGGACAUGCAAUGGAGGCCUUGAACUUGUUUCAAAAGAUGAGGACGCGGCACACAGAACCCAAUUCAGUUACACUAUUGUGCUUGCUAUCAACAUGUACCCAUCUAACAUCUUCGAAGAAAGGAGAAGCCAUCCAUGGAUACAUAGUCAAGCAUGGAUUCCAUUUUGAUGACGCCAUCUGCACUUCUCUCGUAAAGAUGUAUGGUAAAUGUGGAGACAUAGAGUCUGCAAGAUCCAUUUUCAAUAACAUGGUUAGAAGAGAUACAGUUUCGUGGAGCACUGUCAUGGCUGCACAUGGGGACCAUGGUCUCGGCCUCACAGCUCUGCAACUAUUUACGCAAAUGAAAUCAGAAAAUGUGAAAAUUGAUUCAGCUGCCUUUACUGGAAUAUUGUCAGCUUGUACCCAUUGUGGGCUUGUGGAAGAGGGUAAGAAGUGCUUUCAGAGCAUGUUGAAAGAUUUCUCACUUGAACCUGAACUUGAACACUAUGCUUGUAUGGUUGAUCUUCUUGGAAGAGCAGGUCAUCUAGAGGAAGCGGAAGAGUUCAUAAGGAAAAUGCCUAUAGUACCUGAUGCUGGAGUUUGGAGGCCUCUACUUGGAGCAUGCAAGAUCCAUGGACAUGUGCAGAUGGGGGAACGAGUAUUUGAACAGCUAUCUACGUUAGAACCAGAUAACAUCGGGAAUUAUGUUUCAUUGUCAAAUAUCUAUGCGGAAGCUGCAAGAUGGGAUGGAGUUGCAAAAGUAAGAGCUUUGUUAGUAAGUAGAAGGUUGAAAAAGAAUCCUGGGUGGAGCUAUAUUGAACAUUAUACUUGA